AGUGGGUUACCUUGGUCUCAAAUCUCACGCUCUUUGAAAAAAAAAUUGAAAGUGCGUUGUUUUGUUCCCAAAUUUAACGCACUUUGAAAAUUUCUUUUCAAAGUGCAUAACUUUUUUUCAAAGUGCGUUGCCACACACGUACGAUCGGUACGUCAAACGUCCGUUUGUCUUCUGAUACACUCACAAUAACUUCAAACGAUAUUUAACGCUAUGGUCAGCCACGUGGGCCACAACUGGUCAAACCUGUAGCACACGCACGAUCACCAAACACCUGCAGCCAAUUGUGACUGAGGCUUAAAAUACAUGUAAAAGCACUCAACCUGAACUGUACCUUAGUGUAAAGCAUGCUUUCCUUGAGAACAAGAAUCAUUAACUCUGAUACCCGAGACCGGUGCAUCGAAAAAAAAAAUCAUGCCGAGCAAGAACUGUUGCGUUUGCCUUUCCAAUUUAAAAGGAAAAUUCCAAUUUGUUAAAUUCUGCUCUUUCUUCUUUAGCAAUUUGUAGAAAAUCAGAAGCAGAAUGUAGAGAGAUUUUUAUUUUAAAAAUGAGGUAAUAUGCCCUUAGUUGAAUCGGUAGUAGUCUAAGAUGUUGGGUGAUAAAUCGGACGCGGGCGAUGAACAAAAAAAAAAAUUAAAGCUUAAUUUUAAACAAAAAUUAAGGCGGACUUGACUGUGUUCAAUAAAUCCAAAAAAGCAGCGGUGGGUACUUUGAGUUUUAUUUUUUACAAUGAGAAAAAUAUAUAAAGUCAAGAGCCUGUUAACAGUACAGGGACUUCGCCAAUUGACUACAAGCAGUGCUAAUUUUUUAAUGAUUUACUGACAAUAUUUUAUAAUUUAAUCUUGUUUCCAAGCUGUAAGGCUACAUUUCAGUAUCGACAAAACUUCUUAAAUUUUUUUUAUUUUUUAUAAAAAUUAACUACAAAACUGAGCUAAAAGGAAUUUUAUUCAAUCAUUAUCUAGGCCUUUGAUACUUGCUCUAUUUAGUUCAUUCAAGGUUUUUGUUUAAACGAUUUCUUAGCUUUUUUUUUGGUUUUUAUAAAUUGAUUUGUCUUAAGAACAUUUAUUAUGACUUUAAAUUUUAAUUCAGAUGGAGAUAUAAAAUCAGAAAUUUACAUUACUGCUGCAGAUUUUAGUGAUAUUAUACUUUGGAGAUAUAAAAUCAGAAAUUUACAUUACUGCUGCAGAUUUCAGAGAUGGUUUUCACCAGUACAAUUUCCUUGAUUUUCUGUAUAUCAAUACAGAUAUACAGUGGUCUUUGUAUGUCAGCUAAUUCCUGCAUCGUGGAUUCUUUAUCUAUUAAACACGAGAAAACUUUAUUUAAUAACAUGACGGAAAAAGGAAAAAAUCUUAUAUUUAUAACUUUGAAUUUUAAUCAGUCGUACAUGAAUACAUUCCUUCAAAACAAAACAUUAGAAAGAUGGGUAUGGGUUGCCAAUGACUACCGAUAUAUUUUAAGUUAUCCUGAGGAUGUGGAUGUUUUCAGUUUUGGUCUGCUGAAAGCAAAACAAGAUUCGUUAGAAGUAAAAAUGAACAUUCUAAAUAUAACCGGAGAAUGUGAGCGUCAUUUUUACUCUUACAUUGCUCAAUAUGUUUCACAAAUUGUACAAAAUAGUACAAAAUCUGACUUUAUAAUAGACGCAUCCAAAGGAUAUAUAUGCCAUUCCAGAAUUGUUAAAGACGUCGCGAAAGAAUACAUAAGUAAUAUAUCUGCCGUCAACAUCGGAUAUCCAUUCUUGUGCUACACCAACAACAGUACAUCUAGUAUAGAAAAAUCGUAUGUCAACUACAUCGUUAUCUUCAUCGUUUUAUUUACCUACUGUUUUUAUCCACUUGCAAUGGAAAUGGCAUUUUAUAUUGAGGACAGAAAAAUGUCCCAAGGAUGUUAUUAUAUGUCGGAGUCUCCUUAUGGUCCAUCGGUGUUUUGUAAAAGAAUUCUUUUCGCAGGCAAUAAUAAAUACCUCGCAACACUGCGUGUUAUAUUGAUCGUAACAGUCUUAACAACUUUAGUUUACUACAUAAAAUCGGAAGUCUUCUAUAUCUGUAAAUGUGUAUUAAAGUCUUCAAAUGAUAACCAGAGUUUCAGGCGUGCUGAAAACAUCUAUAUUAACUCACCGGAACUUGUAUUUUGGGGAGCUGUGCAUUUCGUGAUAAUAAACGUAUGUGUUUUGAUGAAUUCAGAUGGCAUUCUUGAUGAUUUCGUAAUUUUUGACAUCUCAAAUAUUUGCAACCAUGGCACGAUUCUAAAAACCGUGAAAGUUUCUGCAUUUUUAACAAUUAACGACGAAAGGCAAAACCAACAACAACAACAAGAUGACCAUGAUGAGGAAAACUUGCCCAUCAAUGAAAGAAAAAGUAUCAAAACAAAGCAUUUAGUUUCGUACAAAAUUCGAAAAAUAUUUCUGAUCCUAUCGUUUUCCUUUUGGUCAAAGAUUUUUUUUCAUAAUAGUAUCAGUCAUGAGGAUAAGCAAUGCAUUGUUCUUCUGCAAUCUAUCUUGUGUUUUCCUGUUAAUGUCAUCCUGGUGUUCGGUAGUACGUUUUGUCCGGUAGUAUUCACAGUUUACGUUUUUUUUGUUAAAUAUCUGAAUGUCAUUAUCGGCAAACUUAUUUGUAAAAUAUCAUCAAAAUGCUGCAAAAGAUCAACAUGCUGUGAAAGAUCAAAAUGCUGUAAACCUAGCAAGGCACUUGAUGCAUUUUUACAAACUGUAUCUCACAUCAUUACUAUUUCCUACCUAUUUUUGACCUACAGGUACACAUUCAAUAUAUUCUUUUAUGGAAUGAGCUAUGUCAUACAGUUUUUUAUAUUUACUGUUUUUUUGGCGGUGCCUCAUUUUUCUAUUCAAUCUUAUAUUUAUAUCAUUUUUAUAACAUCUGUAAUAAUUUAUACCUCUAGAUUCGUAUUUCAAUUCAUAGACCUUUAUAGAAGCCUUUUAGAGAAAAUUCUUGACAUACAAGAUAAAAUUCCCUAUAUACAAAUAAAAACUAAGAUUAGAAUCGAACAUUUCGACGAAAUUGUAGAAAAACACUUUCCUCUUUCCAACGAAAUAUUUUACUUAUUUGUGAAGAUUAUGUUUUCAUGUCUGUUUUUUGCCAUAUUAUAUGAUACCAUGCAAACGGUUGGUUACAUCAGAUCCGGAGAACAACCGGACUUGACAACUGUCAUUUCCUUUAUUUUCUUAUUUGGACCACCACGUCUUGUAGAGGCGCUUUUAAUGACAGAUUUUACAAGUCGUGUUCACAUGAAAGAAACAAAAAUAAGAAAAGAUCUUGAAACAAUUUUGGAAAGCAAUAUAGAAGCAAAUGAACCUGCUAAAACAAUUUUUACUGAUAAGGAAAGGAAUCUUUGUUGCAUGGAGUGGUUGAGAAGCCUAUGGAGUGAUGUAAGACCCGAAAAUUCAAACGUGCAGCUCAAACAUUCAGAUGAACGUCUAAGCACUUGUACAUAUAAUCCAAAGUUAUUCUGGUUGCGGUGGUUAUGCAUGUUUUGCUGUGGUUGUUGCAAUUGUAUAUUCGAUGGUAAAGGAUAUUGUGAAUGUGCUAUGUUGAACACGGGUGUCAGAUCCCCAGCAAAUUCAACAAAUAAAGAUGAAGAGUCAAAAUAUGUACAAACUACUACCUUGAAAAUACCAUGUGUUUGCAUUGAAGAGGAACUUUCAGAAAGUAGUGGCAGGAAGGACAAAUCUGUCCCAGGCACAAGCGGUUGAGCGGACCUAUUGGCCUCGAUAAGGAGUGUUCACCGACGUUAAGAACCCCAAUAUUAAUACUUUUUGCACAGUCGUGUUUGAAACUCUAAAUCUUCCAUUAAGGUGGAAUAACACACUUGGAAAAAUUUACUCAAAUUAACAGGAAAGUUUUUGAUAAUGAAAGAUAUAAUGAUAAAUAAACUGUACAAAUGUCAAAUAAGCGAAAAAUUCAAAUAAUUAUUCCAGUAAGUAACAACAAAAGCCCCUGUUGGAUUCGAACUCGGGAUGUACGGAUCACAAAUCCGACACUUCAUUCACUCGGCUAUGGAGUACGUUACAUGUUUCAGUCCAUAAAACCCUUUGAAUAAAACGAAAUGUCGUUUCGAUCAGUGUCAGCCAUUUUGUCAUGAUGUGUUAUUCCACCUUAAUAUCAUUUCAUAUAUGUUCUCUUUUUUAUAUUUAAUACUGUUUUAAUGUGUUAUAUGCAUUUCUAUUAAAAGUGUACUCAUCUAUAUAUGUAUAAUCUAGAAUUUUUAUAUUAUUUUCAUUUGAUUGUAUAUUCAUAUCAUUUUGAUUUUAAAGGUUUUAUUUCUUAUAUCCAGUUCAAGGUCACACAAUUUGGUAAAACAAUAUUCUGCUUUUAAACAAUCCACUGGUGAUUUCAAUGAUGAAAACUUUCACUUGCACUUAUAUCCACACCGGUCAUCACAAAUACUAAUACGAAUACAAAAUUAAUGAUGUGUUGACUUAUAUUUCAUUUAUCAUGACACUCUUAGUAUCUCUGGUUUCAGGAUGGGGUUUUUUUCGGGCAGAGAAAACUUCUAUUAGUCAUUUCUCUUUAAAACAAUCUCCUUACGCCAAAGCUGUUGAGAAUGAAUAUGUUUUUCUACAAACUACAACUGAAAAUCCUAAACACAUUUCAGACGUUAUCAAGGUUACUUUGAAAUGGGAUAAUGUUUUAUUUGCUCUCUCUCUCUCUCUUCUUAUUCUAGUCAUAUAUGCUCUAGUGCUACUUAAUAUGAGUAAGCGGUAUCGGUGUGGAACAACAAUUAUUCUGGAGAUAACUUCAGGUACAUGUACUAAUUGUGCUAUCAUUCCGCUGAUUUCCCUGUCGUUGUGUCCAUCCUUGCUCGAGAUAAAUCCACCCUCUUCAAUUUCAAACAUGUACAUUAAAGACUUUCCAUCCCGAAUAUUGAUUACUGAUUGGACAGAUAUCAAAAUUACUAACAAAUCAAUAUAUUCAACUAUUGAAAUCCCAACGUGCACUAAACUGUCAUGGAUAAAUCGAUAUCGAGUAAGGGAAGUUAUGAGUCAACUAUACAUGGCAUACUUCUUGUUGAAACAUGGAAACAUAACAAUGCCUAUUCCUUCAAUCAGUAUCCAAAAGCAUCUUGAGUAUUACAGAUAUCAAGAAUUCUGUCUUCUAAUGCUUAAUUUGCACCAUCAUUGUCAUGUUUGUUUAUUAUGAUACUCGCAUUUUUUCAUAUAUUUCUCUCAUUUGAACUUAUUAUUAAAUAUGAGCAUACUAUAAUUACUUGAUGUUAUUUAUCAAAUAU